AACCCAGGAAUGGCCAACAUUGUGGUGAAGACCAUCUGGCAAUCCAAGGAAAUAAACGAAGCUGGAGACACACCAACAGGGACUGAGAGUCGGGCUCAGGGCAGCAAGGAGCAGCUGGGAAAGUCUAGCAGCCUCAAGAGCUUCACCAAAAAGAAGAAAGCCGUCUCUUUCCAUGGGUGGGAGCCCUGGGAAGGGAAGGGGUGGAGGUGGAUUGAGCCCCACUUGACCAGCGAAAGCCCCAACCUCAACUUGAAGCGUUCCUCUGCCUGCACCAACGUUUCACUCCUGAACCUGACUGAUGGGGAGCGUGAUGACUCCACCACCACCGAGAACGAAUCCACGGAUGACGGAGGCCCUCCAGGGGGAGCAGGCGGUGAAAGAAGGGAUCCCCUCCUCCCUAUUAAGCCAGCAUGGUCUGAGGAUGAUGAGGAUACCUCCAGCCAACAGGAAGUGAGCAAUAGCGGCCUGUUGCGAGCCAAGGACUCCAUCACCAGCCUCAAGGAGAGGACGUCCAAGGUCAACCGCCAUGUUCAGAACCUGCAGAGUGAGUGCACAGUGCUGUGCGAAAACCUGGAGCGGCGCAGGCAAGAGGCUGAGGACCUGGAGGAGUACUGCACUCACCUUGAGAAGAGCUGCCGAAAGGUCACAAAAUCAGUAGAGGAUGCUGAAAUCAAGACCAACGUGCUCAAGAAAAACUCGGUACUCCUGGAGGAAAAGCUGCGUUUCUUACAGCGGCAGGUGCAAGCAGGGGAUCUCGGUCGGCAGGAGCGGGAGUGGCAGGAGCUAGAGCAGCGGAUGGCCAGUGGAGUCUCUAAGCAGCUGCUGGAACUGGUGGGCAGUGCAGCGGCAUCACCCCUGAGAGCCCCCAGCUCCGAGGAGAGCGAACUGCAACGCUCCACUGCUGCGAUCCUGGCAUCCGUCAACAGCCUGCGAGGGGCGCUGGAGAGUGGGCAGUCUCGAGCAGGGCUGGGGGAUGAGGGGGGCACCGAUGGAAAGCUAACCACUGCCUCCACCUUGGCUUGUGUGGAAGAGAUCAGGAAAUGCGUGCUGGAGCUGGCCGGGCGGUCUCAGCGGGAUGGGUUGACCCAGAAGGAGGUGCUGCGACUGCUGGCCCAGCUGGGCGUGCGUCUGGAGGGGGUGCUUCCCCAGUGGGAGAGAACGCACUUGGAGCACAGCCAGGUGCUCAGGAUGCUGCGAGAAGAACUGGAUGAGGUCUCUGCCACGGCCAAGCGGACGUCGGUGUCCCUCACCCAGCUCCGUUCUGACCUGGAUGGCCUGUGGCAAGUGAAGCCACUCCUGGAAGAUGUGUCCCGGCACCUCUCGACACUCAAGUCCCUGGAGGCCCCCGACAGGCACCCUAGCAGCUGUGCCAGAUGUUCCAGGUGCCCGUUUCAGAGAUGUACAAGGGCGGACGUGGGUCAGGGGAUAGAGGGAUAUAGGCCACGCUUUGGGAAUAAGGAGGCCAACUUUGUGAACACGGAGACGCUGCGACAGAUGGUUGAGCAUGCUGUGGCGCCUGUCUUGGAAGAGCUGAAGCAGAGGGCGCUACCCUCGGGCCCAUGCCCCAGCUGCCAGCGUUUGCAGAAGAAGAUAAUGGAUCUGGAACACUCAGCUGUGGAUACCUGCGCACGAGCAAAUGCACUGAGUUCGAACGUCCGUCUGGCCCAGGAUGAGGCCCUGAGAGCAAAGAACUAUCUGGAGCGGGCAAAGAUCACAGAGGAUAAAGCCACCAGCCUGGAUUAUCUCCAGAACAAGCUGAGCUCCCUCCACUCACAGCUGUCCCUGGUCUCCCAAGAGGGUAUGUCCCAGUCCCCAGCAGCCUCCACCCCUUCGACGGUAACCCUCACCAAGCGGAGCUCUUGCCCUUCGGAAUUAAAUUGCGACCCCCAAUAA